AUGGACGUCUUUGGAGGGCUGCCCUGUGGGAGCGAGAUCAGCCUUGCUGUGCUGGGCCCCAGAGGGCAGAAGUGGGCACAAGGAGGCAGGGAGGAAGUGCUGCUGGUGAGAAAUGGGGGCACGGAGGGCUGCGCCCACACCUCCUACCGCCGAAGCCCGGGCUUGUGGGAAGGAUCUCCUGCGGCGCCCUACUUUGCGGUCCUCUCACAGUCCGCGGCCCGCUCUGACCCAGGCCAGCCCCCUUCCCCGCUGGAGCGCCCCCUCUUCUCUCGGACCCCCAGUCCUUGGCUUGGCCUGUGCCAGGCCUGCCAGGGUGGUGGUGCUGGUGGUGCGGCUGGGGCUCGUCGCUGCAGCUGCCCCCUUCUCUCCCCAGUGGCCCAUCAUGACCCGGAGAACACCCUGAACUGCAGCUUCCUGGAGCCCCCUUCCGUGCUGGAGCCCCCCUCCCCAUCCUGGUCUUCCCGGGCUUCCUUCUCUUCCUUCGACACCACGGACGAGGGGCCUGUGUACUGCGUGCCCCAUGAAGAAUCGGUGCCCGAGAAUCCGGAGGGAGAGCCCCCUGGCGGCCCUGCCGAGGUGCCCGCGGCCACUGGGCCCAGGGAGGGGGAAGAUGCCAACCCGUGCCCGUCCAGGGCCGCCGAGAGCCGGGAGACGGCGCCGCUGGUGUCCUCUGACAGCGAGCGGUCUGCCUCGAGCCCGGAGCUGCCAGCUGCCGCCCUGUACGCCCGCGUGGCCCGCCUGGCCUGCAGGCAGCCCGGGGCCGAGGCCGAGGGCUUAUCCCCCUCCCCCGAGAGAAGGAAGCCGCCGCCGCCGGACCCGUCCACCAAGCCCAAAGUGUCCUGGAUCCACGGGAGGUACAACUCGCAGCAGUCCAAUUCCCUGCCCGCCACCAGCAGAGCCCUGGACGCUGCCGGCCACGGCCUGAGCAAAAGGAAACGGACCCCCAGCGAGACGUCCUCGGGCCUCCGCGGUCCGGGCCACGAGCCGGGCAGCCCCAGGGGCCUUAUCAAGGCCCAGAAGCCCCCGGGCGCCCCCAGCACCGAGCUGCCGGCCCAGGGCCCCCCUUGGGCCCGGGAGAGAGGCCCUGGGAGCGCGGAGUCCCCCGACGCGGGCUCCCAGAGGCCGACCCCCCACCCGGCUCCCGAGGCGGCCGGGCUCCUGGCCGCGCAGCUGAAGGAAAAGACUGGCAGCCUGGGCCUGGGGGAGGCGGGCGCCCGGCACAACGGGCUGGGGGCCCCUCAGCUGCUCCGGGAGAAGCCCGCUCCUCCCCAGAAGGCAAAGCGCUCAGGCCUGCCUGGCUCGCGGAAGGCUGGUCCCUCCCCCUCUCCGGCCCAUUACAAACCCCAGGCUUCGAGCCCGGAGGCCUCCGCUGCCUCCGCGGAGCCCCUUGGGCCCGAGGCCGGGAAGCCGGACGCUGGCAGGUCGGGAAGCCAGGAGCACCCCGGCCCGGCUGAGACGCCCAGGAAAAAGACCCCCAUUCAGAAACCUCCCCGGAAAAAGAGCCGAGAGGCCAGCGGUGGCACGGAGCGAGUCAAGGCCGCCACCACCCCGCCCUAGGCACCUCCUGCAGGCCGAGGUCAGGGCCCUGCCCGCACCCCGGGGCCCCUCUCCCUCCAGCCCCCCCCACCUUUGUCUUCUCCGGAAAUUCGUUGUUAUUCUGAUGUAGUCUGGGAUGUGAGCCUUGGUCAGAGCUUGGGCCUAGAGCCUGCCCUAGUGGGGGAUCCCAGGCAGGGCCAGGGUGCUUCUUCCCAGCCAAAGCCAGCAGAGGCCGCCCACCUGGCCCAGGGAUGCCCUUCUCCUAUGGCCAAAGCGGGAGAACCGCCCUCCCCCCAGGCUGAGGCCUGGGCCUUUGGGAGAGCUCCUGCCCACCUUGGCCCAGCCCAGCUGCCACUUCCGUCCUGCUCUGUCUGCCCUCGCCCAGUGCCAGCCCUGCCCUCGCCCUGCCCGCCUUCCUCUGCAGUCGAGCUGGUUUUGACUGCUCACAGUUGCCCAUGGGCACCCUUGGAGGAAAGGUCUAUUUAUGGGGAGCCGGGCCUCUGGGGGAGCUGCCUGUCGGGAUGGACUUCCUCCUGGCCUGUGUUUGUGGGUGGGGAGGGUCUCUGCCAAAGCUUUCUUAAUAAAAACGUGUAUCUUC